AUGACCGUUCCUAGCGUGGAUAGCUUUGACUUUGUGGUUAUCGGCGGAGGUACUGCCGGCAACGUGGUGGCCGGUCGACUGGCCGAGAACCACGACGUCAAGAUUCUGGUGAUCGAAGCGGGUAUCGCCAACCCACAAGACAUCGAGAACAUCACCACUCCGGCGGGCGCUUUUGAUUUGCGCGGCAGUAAGCAUGACUGGGCCUACAAGUCCACCAUGAUCAAGAAGCCUUCCUACGAGCGCGUCGAGAAACCCAACACGCGAGGCAAGGUACUCGGGGGAAGUAGCUGCUUGAACUAUUACACCUGGGUCCCAGGUAGCAAGGGCACCUUCGACGCAUGGGCCGAGUACGGCGGUCCGUCGUGGACAUGGAACGGAUGCAAGGAAUACUUCAGCAAGCCAGCAACAUACCACGAUGACGACAACUUGUACCCCAACGAGCUGGCGAAGAUCGGCCGUGACGGACCGGUGCACGUCUCGCACGCGGACCUAGUCCCCGAGCUACGUCCCUUCCGCGACGCACUGACCGCAGCUUGGACGAGCAAGGGCCAUCCGAUCAGCGAGGACAUCUAUUCUGGUAAGAUGGAGGGGCUCACCCACUGCGUUAACAGUAUCUAUAAGGGGGAGCGGUCCUCCAGCGGCGCGUACCUAACCGGCAAGGAUAACGUGGCCAUCCUGCACUCGUCCAUCGCUAAGAAGAUCAACUUCGACGGUGACACCGCGGUGAGUGUUACCGUGCUGGGACCCGACGGGUUGGAGGUCAUCAUCGAGGCGAAAAGGGAGGUAAUCGUUGCGUGUGGAGUCUUCGAGACCCCCAAGCUGCUGCUGCUGUCCGGCAUCGGACCCAAGGAGGAACUCGCCCGCCAUGGUAUCGAGCCUGUGGUCCAUUCGGAGCAUGUGGGUCAGAACCUCCUCGACCACCCGAUCAUGCCGCACGUCUUCCGUCUGAAAACAGGCAUGGGCCUUGACAGCCAUCUGCUCCGCGCUGGACCGGCGCAUACGGCCGCUGUGCAGAAGUACCGGGAGAGCAGACAGGGCCCGUACAGUAGUGGACUGCUGGAGAUGGUCGCCCUGCCUCGGAUUGAUGACCGUCUAGAGAGAUUCAAGGAGUAUCGGGAGGCCAAGGCGCAGAACGGCGGCAAGGAUCCAUUCGGUCCUGAGGGGCAGCCGCAUUUCGAGAUUGAUUUUGUGCCAAUGUUCUCCGACGCAUUCCAAUGGCACUUCCCCGUGCCUACGGAGGGUGACUGGUUGACUGUCAUCGUCGACCUUCUUCGCCCCCUCUCCCGGAACGGCGAGGUGAAGCUGAACUCCACCGACCCCCGCGACCAGCCGUACAUCAACCUCAACUUCUUCUCGAACGAGCUGGACAUCAUCGCGCUCAGAGAAGGCGUGCGCUUUGUCGAUGAGAUUCUAAUGCAAGGCGAGGGCAUGAAGGAUGUGAUCGGGGAGGACUACCCAUGGCCUAUGCCGCGACACUCGGACGAGGCGAUGAAGAAGAUGGUUCUCGAGCAUUCGCAGACUGGAUACCAUCCCUGCGGCACAGCCCGGCUUUCCAAGUCCAUUGAACAGGGUGUGGUGGACUCGGAAUUGCGGGUGCAUGGUGUCAAGAGCCUUCGCGUGAUUGAUGCGUCUAUCAUUCCCCUUAUCCCGGAUUGUCGGAUUCAGAACGCGGUGUACAUGAUUGGAGAGAAGGGUGCGGAUAUGAUCAAGGCUACGUAUCCGAGUUUCUACCAGUGUGAGAUGACGACGCAGUAUUAUGGUUAA